AUGGCCGACCCUUUCGCGGCUAAUCCCCAUCACGCUUCUCCUUCGUACCAGCAUCCUCCUGCUCCUCGACCUCAACAAGCAUAUCGAGCUUCCACUGGCCCCGGUCAAAUCAUGACUACUACAGAUGAAUUUGGCUCAUACAGUCCAGGUCAUGCUCCUUUACCGGGACCCUCUCAAUCCACUUCAGCAGCUGCUGCUGCAAGGCAUCGUCAAUCAAUGCCCAUGCCCCUUCCCAUGCCAGAACCAAUCGCGUCAACAUCACACGCGCACGCAUCUUCACAUUCCCACACUGCUCAGUCUCAACAAUCAAGAGCAGCUAAUCGAAGAUCGCAUAAUCCGACAACCACAUUAGCGACCGCAUCCCCGCCUAAGGCUGAAUAUCUCACAGAUGAGUAUGUUCUCCACCCGUCGGUUUACGCGUACAAGCAAGAUCAUCCUCGUCGGCCAAUGAUAGGUUUCGGUCCUUACGUUUUACUACAAACGCUAGGAGAAGGUGAAUUCGGAAAAGUCAAGCUUGGUGUGCAUACGGAUUAUGGUGUUGAAGUUGCCAUCAAAUUGAUAAGGCGAGGUAGUCUAGAUGAUGAAGCGAGAGCGAGCAAGGUAGAACGUGAAAUUGACGUGUUGAAAACCCUAAAACAUCCUAACAUCGUGCGUAUGUUUGAUGUGAUUGACACCGAGAAGUAUAUAGGUAUUGUGCUAGAGUAUGCUGGUGGUGGCGAGCUGUUCGAACACAUCUUGGCAAAUCGAUAUCUGAAAGAGAAGGAUGCUCAAAAGCUAUUCGCCCAACUUAUCUCCGGUGUCGACUAUUUGCAUAGGAAGCACAUCGUUCAUCGGGAUCUUAAGCUCGAAAAUCUGCUUCUUGACAAACAUCGAAAUAUCAUCAUCACUGAUUUCGGUUUCGCGAAUCGAUUUGAUCAUGCUCAAGAUGAUCUGAUGGCGACAAGUUGUGGAAGUCCAUGUUAUGCGGCUCCUGAGCUUGUCGUAUCGGAAGGUCUUUACGUCGGAUCCGCUGUUGACAUCUGGUCAUGUGGUGUUAUCCUCUACGCCAUGCUUUCUGGUUAUCUCCCUUAUGAUGACGAUCCUCAGAAUCCCGAUGGAGACAAUAUCAACCUUCUAUACAAGUACAUCAUGAACACCAAGCUGAAUUUCCCCGAACACAUCUCUCCUCUCGCCAAAUCACUCCUUCAAAUCAUGCUUGUUCCUCUACCUGAACAUCGAUGCACAAUCAAUCAAAUUAUGGAACAUCCUUGGCUCGACGGUUAUCGAGAUGUCUUCGUUCGAACUGUUGAUGAACACGAGUAUGUCUUCCAAGAAGCGAUGUAUAGGAAGAGUCAGCAAGCGAAACGGGAAUUAUCAGAGAGGAAAAGAGUACAAGCUGAAGCGAAAGAGGCUAGAGCGCAAAUGCAGAGAAGUCAGAGUAGCGUACCUGGAUCAACAGUCACUGCAAGUAUGCUCGACUAUCAACGGCGUCGAGAACAACGACAUCACUCAGCAUUACCUACCACGAACACAAUGCCAGAGUAUCUCAGUAAUGCCGGUCACAGGACACCACCUCUUGAAUCUCGACAUAUCAUGCCACCUCCUCCCUUACCCGUACCAACUCAUGCUCAGCUCUUACCUGAGGCUCCUAUGGUGAUUUCACCUGCCAGUAUGCCCACCCCAACCAUGCCUACCAUCUCAACUCUACCAUCUCCUUCUAAUUCUCCUCCUAAACCCAUCGUAAACACCGCUCCCGUUCUUACUCCAACAGACUCUAUCGCAGUAGAUUCUAAUAUGGCUGUGGAAGAUGAACGUCUACUUACCCCCAUGGUAACUCCUCCUAUCGAACAUGAAGUAGGAGCUAGACCGUCCAUGUCAGCAAAUAAGAACAGGCAUACUAUACAAGUCGAAUAUGAUGGUGAGGCCUCUUACGAGAGAAUGCAAGAGGCGAUACACGCCAAGGAGAAAGGGAAAGAAGUUGAUUCGGAAGACCAGUCAGAACAUCUUGCUCCUGUCAUGUCCGAUGUCAGAAACGGUGGUACGAGUGAUGUCGAGAUGGAAUCUGGUUCAUCCGAUAACGAACAUGCUCAAACUGAAACAAAUUCGCCUGUCCGGGAAGCGUCUAUUGGCACAGAAGCUGCUCCAUUACUCACUCCACCUACGAUAGGUUCUCCGCUCCCCGAGAUCGAGGAGCAAAAUGUGACAGUACCAGUCGUUCCAAGCACACCUUCAAGGAAAGGUGUCGCCCAACAACUACCUACUUCACCUUCUACUCCACGAGCAUCCGUCCCUAACAAGGCUGAAGUCAACCUUACUACUCCUCGAGCUGAGAGAGUCGCUCCACCCACACCCAAAGCAUCCCUACUCAACGAAAGGAAACGACAUGACUCCAUGCCUCCUGCUCGUACAACUCCUGCUGUUUCAUCGGUACCUGAACCAAGGAAUACAGACCUCAACCCUUCCGGUCUACCCAAAGCUCCCAAACGAGAGAGAUACAGAAAGGGUAUGUCACUCGACAAGUUCGGUCUCGCCAAACUACUCGGUCAGACCUCUCACACAAACGACGAGAACCGUUCGGUUCCUCCAAGCGCAAGUGCGUCUGCUAUCGCCUUGCAAUCCGGUCACGCAAAGAGAAGUUCCAUGUCCAUUUCCAGACCUGGAACAGCUGAUCAAGACAAGAAGUCCAGAAGAAGGACUCUGCAGCUUAUGGUUAACAGGGGAACCUCUCGCGACGAGAAAUCAAGUCCUAUCAUCCCUGUUACUCCUCUAGCUGCGAGAGACAUGAAUCCUGCUCAGCCACAAAUGACUAAAGCGAAGCCUACAUCACCGCCGAUGGUCAUUGAGCGGGAAGGCAUUCAGCCUACAACAACUCCUCAGGCCGGUCAAUCUUCCCCAUCAAUCGUUACAGUCGAUGCGUUCGCGGCUCAGCAAGCCAGUUCGCCUCCGCACAAGACUGCUUCCAGCAAAGCCGCUAAGAAGGUUAUGGAUUGGUUCCGACGCAAAUCGCUUGCCAAGGAUACUCUUGUCAGUUUGAAAUCAGCUGGAGUCAGAUCAGAUUCUCAAUCAUCCUUUGUAAGAGUAUCACCUGCUCGACCUCGGGCUAGCGAGCGAUUGGGAGGAUCAACAGCCAACCUGGCCAUGUCUUCAGUAAGCAGUAUAGGACAUACUCAAGAAGGACCCGUUGUUUUGGUUUCUGAAGAGCCUGAUGUCGAUGAAGCACAACCUGAAUCAGCCACUUUACCUAAACCCAUCCCAACAGUAGUUGAGCCUACUAGAGUACCUCUUGGUGAAGCGGUAAACAAGGUCAAUGUCCAGUCUACUUCCGACCUAUUAUCACCUACAAGAGGCAGAGUGCCAACACCCGAAAGAUCUAAAUCUCAUAGAAUAUCACCAUCACAGUCAGGAUCAACAACUCCACGACUAGCCGAAAAAGUGAAUCGACCAAGAGCAGGAUCAGAAGACUUGAAAAUGAGAGUUCAUACUGGUUUAGUUGAUCAAUCUGCUCUUUCUUCCAAACCACCAAAAGAGGUCAUGGCUGAAGUCCUCAGCGUUUUGCAAGAAAUGGGUAUGGAUAUCAAACGUGAGAAUGAGUUUAGACUUCGAUGCACACGUGUUAGAAGGAGAAAGGCGGGUGCUACAACUGCUUUAGGAAGUGUGAUGAGUGUAGGAUCAGGAAUGAGUUCAUUCAAUCUGAUGAGCUCAGCCAGUACCUCGAAGACCGACUCAAGAGGUCUUCCAUUACCCAUGUCACCUUCUUCAGGAGGAUUAUCAAGUGGGCUGAAAGGGAUGUUACUCCGACGUGGAUCGUCUUAUUCAUCGCAAUUACCAAGAAGUGAAUCAGAGAUAUUCAAUUCACCUUCGAUUGGAAAUACACCUAAUUUAUCUUCUACCGAUAAAUUCCCUAAUUCACCUGUGCCAAAUGCGGAACCUUUAUAUGGUGAACAUUCAGUUGAUAGUGGAGAUGAAGUCAAAUUCGUGAUCGAGUUGUGUAGAAUAAAAAACUUGCCAGGAUUAUAUCUGCUAAAUAUCAAAAGAUUGAGAGGUAGUGUAUGGUCAUUCAAAUUCAUAUAUCAAACCGUUUUAGAACGCACUGCUACUUUAACGCAUUAG